AUGGCAUUUAGUAAUUUAUUUCGUCGUCAUUCAACGACGGCUGACAUACAAGCGGCUAGUUAUGCAUAUAUGGAUGGAAAUUCUACAGCUGAAACUUUACUAGAAGAAUUAGAGAAUCAAUGUCGAAAUUCUGUAACAAUUGGAAUGUCACAAAAUAAACGAGGCUCUGAUAUUUUCACUCGUUCAACUGAUGGAUCACCUGUUGCUUCAUAUGACGACUCGCCAUUGAAUGUCGUCACGCCCAGUAAACGACAUGCAUCAGUAGAUUAUACGUGGUUAACACCAAAUAAGAACUUAUCACAGUCAAUCAAUGACUCGUAUCAUCUGUCUGACAUAAUUAAAAUGGAAUUAAGUGAAUUGAUACUCAAUGUAUUAGCUGAAGAUUGUACAUUAAUUAUCAAUCAAUUUCGACGGCAAAUCCAUGAUCAAACAAAACCAACAACGCCCGAAAAUAUUAUCGCUUUAUUUCGUAAAACAAUAUGCGAUUAUGUCGAUCAAAAACCGAAAAGUCGUGCAAGUGUUGCCAAUAUUAAUGAUACCAUAAAUUCAAAUAUGAAAGUAAAUGCCAAAGGUUCAACAGGCAUCUAUUCCAUUGUACGAAACAACCGGAUUAAUCCCAAACGUCAAUUUGAUGACGAAAGAAAUUGUAUUGCUGAACUUACAGAAAUUUCAAUAACAUCAUCCAAUGAUGGAACAGAAAACAAUCAUCCUCAUUCAUUUAACAGUCCAUAA